AUGAGUCCUCCACUGCUGAAGCUUGGCGCUGUGCUUAGUACCAUGGCAAUGAUCUCAAACUGGAUGUCCCAAAUUCUCCCAUCCUUGGUAGGACUGAACACCACAAGGCUGUCGACGCCAGAUACUUCAACUCAGAUUAGUCCCAAAGAAGGGUGGCAAGUGUACAGCUCAGCUCAGGAUCCUGAUGGACGAUGCAUCUGCACAGUGGUUGCUCCAGAACAAAACCUGUGUUCCCGGGAUGCCAAAAGCAGGCAGCUUCGCCAACUUCUCGAGAAGGUUCAGAACAUGUCCCAGUCUAUUGAAGUCUUAAACUUGAGAACUCAGAGAGAUUUCCAAUAUGUUCUUAAAAUGGAAACCCAAAUGAAAGGGCUGAAGGCCAAGUUUCGGCAGAUUGAAGAUGAUCGGAAGACACUAAUGACCAAGCAUUUUCAAGAGUUGAAAGAGAAGAUGGAUGAGCUCCUGCCCUUGAUCCCCGUGCUGGAACAGUACAAAACAGACGCCAAGUUAAUCACCCAGUUCAAGGAAGAAAUCCGGAAUCUGUCUGCUGUCCUCACUGGGAUUCAGGAGGAAAUUGGUGCCUAUGACUACGAGGAAUUACAUCAAAGGGUGCUUAGCUUGGAAACCAGACUUCGUGACUGCAUGAAAAAACUAACAUGUGGCAAAUUGAUGAAAAUCACAGGUCCAAUUACAGUCAAGACAUCUGGAACCCGAUUUGGCGCUUGGAUGACAGACCCUUUAGCAUCUGAAAAAAAUAACAGAGUCUGGUACAUGGACAGUUAUACUAACAACAAAAUUGUCCGUGAAUACAAAUCAAUUGCAGACUUCGUCAGUGGGGCUGAGUCAAGGACAUACAACCUCCCUUUCAAAUGGGCGGGAACUAACCAUGUUGUCUACAAUGGCUCACUCUAUUUUAACAAAUAUCAGAGUAACAUCAUCAUCAAAUACAGCUUUGAUAUGGGGAGAGUGCUUGCCCAACGAAGCCUGGAGUAUGCUGGUUUUCACAAUGUUUACCCCUACACCUGGGGUGGAUUCUCCGACAUCGACCUAAUGGCUGAUGAAAUUGGGCUGUGGGCUGUGUAUGCAACUAACCAGAAUGCAGGCAACAUAGUCAUCAGCCAACUUAACCAAGAUACCUUGGAGGUGAUGAAGAGCUGGAGCACUGGCUAUCCCAAGAGAAGUGCAGGGGAAUCUUUCAUGAUCUGUGGGACACUGUAUGUUACCAACUCUCACUUAACUGGAGCCAAGGUGUAUUAUUCCUAUUCCACCAAAACCUCAACAUAUGAGUACACAGACAUUCCCUUUCAUAAUCAAUACUUUCACAUAUCCAUGCUUGACUACAAUGCAAGAGAUAGAGCACUUUAUGCCUGGAACAAUGGUCACCAGGUCCUGUUCAAUGUCACCCUUUUCCACAUCAUUAAGACUGAGGAUGACACAUAA